AUAAGUAAAGCUCGUCACUUCCGGGAUCGUUGUUUCCCCAGAAUGCACCGCGCCCGUCCUCACAUCCAAACAUGGCGUCGAGAGCUCCAGCGACCGCAGGCAGGCUGGUGAGCAGUGUGAGAAAAUGGUAUUACAACAAGGCUGGCUUCAACCAACUGGGCCUGCUGCGAGACGACACGUGGUACGAGGACGCCGACGUGAAGGAGGCGGUGCGGCGGCUGCCAGAGAGAGUCUCCAACGACCGCAUCUUCCGCAUCAAGAGGGCCUUGGAUCUGUCCAUGAAGCACCAGAUCCUGCCCAAGGACCAGUGGACACAAUAUGAGCAGGACGAGCACUACCUGAUGCCAUACCUGGACGAGGUGAUCCGCGAGAGGAAGGAAAAAGAGGAGUGGAUGAAGAAAUGAAAGAGUGAGCUGAACAUGAAUGCUAUUUAAGAGAAACCCUCACUAAAAUGUACAUUUGGAAA